CACACCAACACACACAAUCGUGCACGCACGCACUCACUCUCGCACGCACUCACUACCCGAAGGACCUGCGCAUCCGAUUGGCUCAACACCCGUCACAUGGUUAACACAGUGGUAACCAGAAUUGCGGCCACUGCGGUAAAAACAUACGCCGCCACAGCACCACCGGGAGUAGGUAUAUGGUAUAUCACGAUUUACGACUCUACAGCGACCAUGAUGACCGGACACAUUUUAAAUCGCCCGAGUACCUUAUUGCGAUUGUUUUUAUCGGCGAACGUCAUCAACAGCAACGGUGCCACAACGACUUUACACGACCGAUUCGCCGUUCAGAUAAGACAUUUACACAAAAAAGUAAAAAGAAGUAUACCAUGGGUACCUCCAAGAAGCAAAUUUGAAGGAAAUGCUAAGGCCAUAGCAUCAAGAGGGUUUUUAAGGCCACUUAAAGAGUAUGAUCCUCCAUUGGAUAUCAGGAACUCCAUAAUAAAAAUAGCAAAUAAUACAGUUAAUCAAACCAAAGCAUCAUACUCACUAAGUAAAAAUGAAAAAAUCCGUUUACUAAAAAAAUGUGAAGAAGUGGUUGACCAUCAAGUACCCAAUUCACUUUUACAUACUAUGAAUACUUUAGGUGAUAUAUUUGAAUUUUAUGAGACACCUAUAGACACAGUUGUACCAUAUGAUGCACUUCAGAAUCGUGAACUUCCCCCUAAUCUCCAUAUUUUAUCCAACUACCAUAGGUUCCACCCAGAAACAGAUCUAAUGUUUGAUGGUGUCACUGCGUUUCCACGCAGUUCCAACUUGGUUACUGGAUUAAAAACGAAAAAGAAAUACAAAGGAUUCACCACUUUGUCUCCUUAUGAUUAUAAAAAUUAAAAUUGUUUUGUAUUUUAUUUUUUAGAAGAAUAUUAAAAGAAAAUAGUAAUUUAA